AUGACGAUGAAGUUGAUCAGUAGCGCCUUGGUGGCUGCCUUGUGGAGUAGUGACAGUAUCGGUGUGACUGCAUGGACAUCUUCCUCUGUGAACUUUCAUCGAUUGGCCCAUCCUCCUUCUAUUACUGCUAGUAUUGCUAGUACCGGUAGUAGAGGAAUCACGGCUCUUUCAGUUUCUUCCAUUCCAGCCUCCACGACCAACAGUACUCUAGAUGAUGGUGAUCAGAAGCAGAAGCAGCAGUCGAUUCGUAUGGAAAAGAAAGUAGAAAAAGUAGUGGAUGAAGUAGUGGAUGUAGUAGAAGAAGUAGAGGAGAAGAAAAAGUCUCUUCCUCCUUUAAGUGCCGAAAAUGCUUGGGUUGGCAAGUUGGACUACGAAGGCUUUGCUCGUGAAGUGAAUGCAUUGGGCAAAGACUUAUUGAAAGAAACAACACCAGAAGAGAAUGUGGCUCAUUUGCACAAGAUGCUGCGUUGGCAAAAUGCCUUGGCGUUUGUAGGAGUCAUGACAUUGUGGAUGUCGCCCAAUCCCUUUACUGUCAUUGCGCUCUCGACCUGGCAAUUCUCCAGUUGGCUCAUGAUUGCUCAUCACACCCAACAUGGCGGAUACAAUCGAUUUCAACCCAUGGCGGGCAAAUUCCACAGUCGCGUCUUUGCCGUGGGCACACUCAAGCGUCGCGUCCUCGAUUGGUUAGACUGGAUUCAACCCGAAGCAUGGAACUUGGAACACAAUCGAUUGCAUCAUUACCGACUCAAUGAACUCGCCGAUCCCGAUUAUACGCAACGUAAUUCCGAACUCAUUCGAGGAGAUACUCUUCCCAAACCAGCCAAGUAUUUGGGCGCCCUCUUUUUGAUGACGACGUGGAGAUGGUCUUACUAUGCGUCCAAUACGUACAAGGAACUCAAACUGGCCGAACAUCGUGCACUUGGCGACAAACCACUUCCGCCUGGAGUGCGACCCACCGAUUGUAUCACACUCACGUCCAUGCUAUUUCCAUCCAAUGACAAUGAACGUGCCAUGGUGAAAUUCCUCAAUCGAGGAAAAUUCUUUACGCAUGUCUUGGGACCCUUCUUUCUACUACGAUUUGUGUUAUUGCCAUUGCCAUUGCUGGCGUUCAUUGGUGGACCUACAUUGGUCAUGAAUGCAAUCAUCAAUUUGUGUCUGGCCGAAUUACUGACGAAUGUUCAUUCCUUCAUGACGGUCGUGACCAAUCAUGCCGGAGAUGAUCUCUACAAUUUUGAUGAUGCCGUCAAACCAAAGACACCCUCUUUUUAUGUCCGACAAGUGGUCGGAUCGACCAAUAUGAAUUACGGCAAUGAUUUUGUCGACUUUUGGCAUGGAUUUCUCAAUUAUCAAAUUGAACAUCAUGUCUGGCCCGACUAUUCCAUGCUACAGUUGCAACGAGGAGCGCCACGGCUCAAGGCUAUUUGUGAAAAGUAUGGAGUGCCGUAUGCACAAGAUAAUACGUUUGUCAGGACCAAGAAAACGGUGGAUAUUGUGCUGGGAAAGACGUCCAUGAGAGAGUUUCCCACGGAAUAUGAACCCGCAAGAGAUAAAGAUUUGACCAAGACGGACUAA